UGCUGGGAACGAGACACACACGCCAGAGCUCUCGAACACACUGCGAUCUGAGCGCUCGCUCAGCCGGAUCAUUUUCCAAAUUCGAAUGUAACAGCAGCGGCGGGAUGCGACAUUAUCUCCGUCUGUCGGCGCUUUGAGCAACGCGCAUCACGCAGGAUGGAGAGGAAACUUUGCUGAACUUAAAGCCGUUUUUUUUAUUUGCUUUGCUUCAGAUGUGGAGAGCUGACAGCUGAACGCGUGCAAGCGGAAGUACGACGACAGACAGCCACAGGAGCCAUUAGAUCUACACAUUGGGCGACGAUUUUAGGCCAUACCCGCUGUCCUCAGUCAUGGCUGCUUACGGACAGACACAGUACAGCCCUGCGUUACAGCCGGCCGGUCCGUACACACCGUACACACAUCACACACAGGGCUACAGCAUGACGUCCUACAAUAUUAAAACAGAAGAUGGUUUGAGUCAUUCACCAGGACAGAGCAGUCUGCUGGGAUACACGUCCAACUUCAGCGGCACUCCACCUGCUCAGACGCUCUACAGUUACUCCACACACGGCGGCAACAUUUCUUCUGGAAUUUUCCAGGGUGCAAACAGCAUCACAGGCUCAACGCCAUUCAGUCCUACACAGCAGGACUUCUCAACAUAUUCUAGCUACAGCCAAAGUCAAUAUUCGCCAUACUUCAACACACACUACAACAGCCCCUACAUCACAACCAGCAAUAUCACACCCUCAGCCAUCACCACAGCGAUACCCUAUCAGCACACAGAUCAUCCCGCUGUAUCGACCAAUCACAGCCCGGAAUUACACACAGCAGAGUACCACACGCCCACGAGUCCUCUGACUCCAGGAAAGGAGCAGGAAGGCACUCCAGCGAGACGCAGCUCAGAUGGGAAGCUGAGAGGCAGGAAGAGGGCCAAUGACCCCGUCCCCCCUCUGGACUCUGACAUUGAGAGAGUGUUUAUUUGGGACCUGGAUGAGACCAUCAUUAUUUUCCACUCGCUCCUGACGGGGACAUUUUCCACACGCUUCGGCAAGGACUCUGGCAAGGCUGUGUCUCUGGGCUUGUGGAUGGAGGAGAUGAUCUUCAACUUGGCUGAUUCACGUCUGUUUUUCAACGACCUGGAGGAAUGUGACCAAGUUCAUAUCGAUGAUGUGGCCUCGGAUGACAAUGGGCAGGACUUGAGCACGUAUAACUUUGGCUCGGAUGGCUUCCAGAGCCCAGCAGGUGGAGGCACGCUCUGCCUGGGCUCAGGUGUUCACGGUGGGGUCGACUGGAUGAGGAAACUCGCCUUCCGCUACCGCCGAGUCAAAGAGAUCUACAACACCUACAAGAACAAUGUAGGAG